GUUUAGAGUUGUUCAUACAUACCUUCCAGAAUACAACAUGCAGAGAGUCUACUUUCAACAUCGACACAAAUAUUGAAAGCCACUUCAUAGCCAUGGGGCUUUACAGACAGAGCAAACCACGCAUGUAUGGCAUUAGGUGUGUCUUUCCUGUCAUCGUCGGCCUGGGGCUAUAUGCAAUAUUGACAGUGCGUCGCAAUCCGGGGUGGGAGUCUGUCUACUCGAAUUCAGCUCCCAUCUCAGCGGAAGGUUCAAGCACAGACCCGUAUAGUACAUCACACGCGUAUGUGCGAGAGAACGAAGUAACACAAGUCCAAGACCCCAACACUGCGGCAGUGCGAGAUGUUGUGGAUCCAGCGUCACCCGAGGAGGUUGUUUCUGACCCACAAGUCGAAAUCGAGGUGGAUGGUAAGGAUAGUAGUACUGUUACAGCUGCACUCAAACCCGAAGACAGCGCUGAAAGCCAAGACAACACCAGGGAACCAACUAACGCUUCGGAUAUGAGGGAGAGUGAGAGCGCUGGGGUUAGAAGCGGGGAUGGUAUACAAAUAAACGAGACGGAUAAGUGGGAAAAUAAAGCAAAGACUACUACUAACGAUCCUGACCAGAAUGCCAGUGAUAGCAAAAUGAUGAAUGUUGGUGCUGCUGCCGCGAGAGGUUCAAACGCUGGUAUGGAUGUUGUUAUGCCUGAGACUUCAGUGGAACGGUUCGGUACACCCGGAGCAGUGUCUAGUCGCAUACCGGCAGAUUACUCAUUCCGGUGUAAUGGGACGGGCGGACAACGGUGGAUUCGUAACAACGCUAAGGCGCUGGAGUCGAUGGUCAAGCUGAAAGACUAUAGCUAUACGGUGACGACACCGAAGUCAAACACGCACACAGCGGAUGGCCACACAAUCCAGGUGAUCAGUGAUCAAGACAAGGCACAAGUAGUAAUCACGCAACGCAGCUGUGCAAAAGUGGUUCGCAACACAUUCGACGUCUACGUUACGGGUGCUACGGUGUACCAUCACAGUCUAUUCGAAGUCCCUCAGCACAAACGCGACAGUUCUGGUGCCAACACCUGCGAGUGGACGGUCACACUCCCGCGACUAAAUCCGGGGCAGCACCGUGUUGGUGUGGUACUAGAGUACUUGGCUGAUAGAGCCUUGAUGGAACCACAUGCGGAGGCUUUCCCCAUUAAGAAUUACAUUUCGGUUUGUUCCGAUCCUUCGCUGGCUGCGGUGGGCCAAGUAUACGUGUGGAGAGGCCUGUUCUCUAUUCGUGAUAUAUCAGAUGGAUACAAGACGAUUAAAAUUCCACACUGUGCGCUGGGAUUGCAUAUCGAUGCACCCCAUGACGUCCUGGUGGAAUCUUCCUCCACACAAGCCAACAAAAACCGGCAGUCGCUGACGGCCUGUGCACGGGGGGAUAACCGAGGGAAAUGGGUGCACUACACGUCGGCACAUCCAGACCUAGUAGAGACCAAGUAUGACCUGGAGCCACAGGAUGACUAUAUCUGGACACCAUUCAAGUGCAUGUACGAGAGGCAGACGAUACCUGCUCUGUUUGCCUGGGCAGAAAGCUAUCCCCAGGUGAAUCAAACAUCAGGCUUAAAG